AUGGUGUUUAGUGGAACCACAGAGAAAUGCAAGGCUUGCGAUAAGACUGUUCAUUUCAUUGAUAUGAUCACAGCUGAUGCAAUUUCUUAUCAUAAGACCUGCUUCAAGUGCAGCCAUUGCAAUGGACUCCUUGUGAUGAGCAGCUAUUCCUCAAUGGAUGGAGUCUUAUACUGCAAACCUCACUUUGAUCAACUCUUCAGGGAGACUGGCAGUUAUUCUAAGAAAUUCCCAUCAUCUGGAGACAAGAAGAAUGCACUGGCAAGGGCUCCUAGCAAAGUUUCCUCCAUGUUCUCUGGCACCCAGGACAAGUGUGUACGCUGCAACAAAACUGCAUACCCUUUGGAGAAGGUGAAUGUGGAGGGACAAUCAUACCACAAGACAUGCUUCAGGUGCGCUCAUGGGGGUUGCUACCUCACACCCUCAUCCUAUGCUGCUCUUGACGGCACCCUUUACUGCAAAACCCAUUUUGCUCAGCUGUUCAAGGAGAAAGGCUGCUACAAUAAUCUUGGAAAGAGUGGCUCCAUGCGGAAAAAUGAGGCUAAUGCACCAGAAGAACCUGAAGCAGAAGAAUCCAAAACUGAAGUUGUAACAGAACCAGAUACACAAGUAGAAAUAGAAACCAACUCCGACGCAGCCCCUGUACAAGUGUAAUCCUAAUCCAAAAGAUUUGCAUGAUUAGUCCUCAAUGUUGUCCUUGUUUUUCACCAGCCUACAGCAGAACAUUGGGAUAGAACAAGGACAAGGAUUAUCCUUGUUCCAUUUUCCAUCCACGACAAGCAAUGAACAUGAAUAUUCUUGUUUGGGGAAGCUUUUUUGCUGUUUCUUUUUAUUAUCAGGGGCAAGAUGAAGGAAACUGAAGUGCAGAAUUUUCUUGUGGGUAGGAAAUUUUUCCAAAUGGCAGCUUGCUCAGCUAAAAGCACUGAGGGUUGGCCUGUAAUAUUAUUUGAAGGAUCAAUCAUGUGCCUAUUAUGAUUUUGCAUUGUUGAAUUGCUAAUUAGAUUAGCUACCGAUCAUCUCUUGC